AUGACAAGAAGAGUCUUUAAAGCUGAAUUAAGCCCAUUUAUGGGCGGUCCUUUCUUAUUGUAUUUAGAAACGCCAUCAUUGGAAGAAAUCAAAACGAGCUCGAGAUGUCGAAUCCCCAUGACUCUUCACCUCAGUGAGAAUGGAACCGAUGACAAUUUAGGAUGUUACGUAUUAGGAAUCCCAGAUAGAACAGGAAAUGUCCAUCAGACGUUACUCAACGGAAAUCAAGAGCUAUUAGAUGUGACGAAACGCCUAUCCUAUCUGCUCACCAAGAAAUACCAAGUGGUUACAUAUGUCUCCAUCUCCGGAAACUUUACAGACGAAAGUAUUAGGGAUGUUAUUUUAGAGGUGGACAAGUUAUUGAAAGAUGGUAGAGGUACCCAGAACCCAUUGUCAUCAACAGUGAAUGAAGCAUAA